AUGGUGACAUCGGAACACGAUCCAAUGGAAUGGAUCACAUCAUUCAAUGUGGACGUGUUUGAUAUAAGUUUGGAAGGACGUCGAACAACAUUUCUUAAUGAUUUAUUCGAUUUUGGUGAUUAUCUUGUACAUAUAUAUGCGCUUGAUAGCAAUACACUUGUUGUAUUGGAUUACAAUCAUCGUCAAACAACGCUACGACAACGAAUUGUUAAAAUUGCCUCGAAUAUGGCAAUUUCACCAUUUCAUCGAUGUUAUCGUUAUGGUACCGCUCAAACAUCGUUCAUUAAAGCAGCGAUUGGUAACAAAUUAUGCGCAGUUGUCAGUAGACAACGAUUUGGUGACUAA